AAAUGAAAAGCCCGUAAAAAUCAUAAGAAAAGCAUCAGCAGCAGUAGUCAUUAAUAAAAGCUGAAAAGAAGAAAACAAGAUCCACCUCGAACCUCUCUCCACUCUUCUCCUCCUCCUCCUCCUCCACCGCCUCUCUCUCUCUCUCCGCUGUAACAACCAAUUCUGGAGUGGGAGAGAGGAACAAAAGAUCUCAUCAAACCUGAUAGAGACAGACCAAACCCAUAUUUUAGAUUCUUACUGGUUUGUUUGUUUGCAUGUGUUGUGUUGUCUUUCCUUUUUGUUCUUCUUCUUCUUCUUCUUCCAGUGUUGUCUCUGAUUGUUCGUUCGUGGUAUAGCAAGGCUUUUAAGAAUUAGCUCUCAAGAGGGAUAGAGGACCAAAAGAGGGAGGAGAAACAGUUGACAAAGUAUUAAAGUAAUAUGAGGGAAGAGGACUCCAAUUGGUUCUCGAGAUGGGAAGAAGAGCUGCCAUCCCCUGAAGAGCUGAUGCCCCUCUCCCAAACCCUAAUCACACCUGAUCUUGCCUUGGCCUUUGACAUCCGGAACCCAACCAACAACGCCCACAACCACAACAAUAAUACCCCAACCCAGCAACAAGCGCCGCCGCCGACGCCGCCGCCUCCUUCCAAUCCUUUGCCAGCAUCCGCCACCACUCCUCCCCACCCCAGCUCUGCUGAGUUCGCUGCCGAUUCGGCGGACUUGGGUUCUGGGGCCGCCGGCGAGGAGCCCGCGCGGACCCUCAAGCGACCGCGCCUCGUUUGGACGCCGCAGCUCCACAAGCGGUUUGUGGACGCCGUCGCGCACUUGGGGAUCAAGAAUGCGGUCCCCAAGACAAUAAUGCAGCUGAUGAGUGUGGAUGGGCUUACCAGGGAGAACGUGGCCAGCCAUUUGCAGAAGUACCGCCUAUAUCUCAAGCGAAUGCAGGGGCUAUCUGGCGGCAGCGGGGGCGCCGGUGGCGGUGGUGGAGCCGGUGGAUUGUCUGCAGCCACGGAUCCCGCCACUGACCAUUUGUUCGCGAGCUCGCCGGUGCCGCCUCAUUUCCUGCAUCCGGGGCGACCUAAUUCGGACCAUUUCUUGCCGUUCGUGCCGGUUGCUCUGCAGCAGCAGCACCAGCAGAUGGCGGCGGUGGCAGCAGUGGCCGCGCACCCACAGCUGCAGACUCAGUAUCACAGGCAGGUGGGGCAUUUUGGGUCGCCGCCGAAUGGGCAGUUUGAGCAUCCAUUUCUGAGUAGGCAGUCGCAGACGGUGCAUAGGAUGGGGGCGCCAGUGCACAAUCCGGUACCAGGGUAUGUGGAGGACUUGGAAUCGGCUAAUGGGAGAGGAGGGAGGAAGAUUCUUACACUUUUUCCAACUGGGGAUGAUUGAAUUUGGUGGUCUUGGCCUUCCGUUGAAAUCCGAACAUCUCUGGCUCCAAUAAUUUCGGUUCAUUAAGCUUCUGCUGCCAAUUGGGUGUCUUUCACUAUCCAUUAUGAAGUUAGCAUUGGUGGGUGGUGUCAGUUAUGGUGUCUUUCAGUUCUGUGGACUUCUACAUGUAUAAUUCGCAUUGUUUCUGGUGGUCUCUAUGUCUUCUGUGAGCUUUCUGGUGACAGAUAUUGAUCAUGAUGUCACUCUGGGGGCAAUUACAUUUCUGAGCUCGUCAGUGGCGGCAACUAUUAUGGUGUCAUGGUAAUGAGUCAAUCUGGAUGUCUUAGAGGUUGAUAUAUCCCAUAUAAGUGUGGGAAUCGGCUGGUUUUCUACAUUUCAGAGUCUUCUCACUGGUAAAGGGUUCUUAUUGGCAUUAAAGGCGGGUAUGGCUGAAGCAUCAAAUGGACUAAACAUUGAGCUUGCAGGCGAGGAUAAAUAAUGCUGGCAAGUUGUGUUAUGUUUCUCUAGAAAUCCAAAAAUGGGGUUGGUAACCGUAGUUGGCACAUCUGGUACUGAGUUUAUGGGAAAUGUCCAGGAAUAUCUUAUGUGUAAGACUUAUCUCAUGUUUCUUAGUCUAGUUUUAUGUAGAGGAUGAGUUCUACUUGUACAUUAUGUGACUCUAUAGAAGACUUAAAACCCCUGGUGCCAAGGGGACCUCGUAAAAAAUUCUGAUUUUUAUUA